AUGGAGAUUGACCAUUCACAAACGAGGGAUAUGGCCGCUACAAAUUGUCCGACCUUAAUGAGGAAAACCGACACCAAUUCCCGUCUAUCUUCUUUGAAAUGUUUAAUUCGAGAGGUCAUGGCCGAUGCUGAGGUCGCGACGGCUAAUUCCGAGGUCAUGGAGGCCCUUUCAAGGCUAGACGAUACACUCCAAUCUCUCCCAACGUUUUCACAUUCGCCCACAAGCGGCGUAGAGGCUUCUCGAACACAGAAAACCAAUGGUCUCUCACCGUUCUCGAAGGAGAGCGAACCUCCAUUGCCUUCUCCACCUCAUAUCCUCGAUGAUCAACUGCAGAAGGCGGUAUUUACGCACUCUGCGUGUAACGGCGAUAGCAACUCAAAUUAUGACCGACUGGAGAUACUGGGUGAUGCCUAUAUCGAAUUAAUCGCAACGAGAUUGGUUUGGCAGAAGUUCCCAGGCAUACCGGCGGGUCGGAUAUCUCAAAUUCGUGAACUUUUGGUCAAGAACGAUACGCUUGCAGGCUUUGCGGAGGCAUAUGGCUUUGAUCGUAAAGCCUUGGUUCCCGCGAAUUACUCGGAUCAGCCCAAACGAUGGACCAAGACCAAGGGCGAUAUCUUCGAGGCCUACGUAGCUGCGGUCAUCCUCUCUCGUCCCGCGGGUGGUGGAUAUGAGCUUGCAGAACAAUGGCUGACUAGCUUAUGGCUGCCAAAGCUUAGCGGUCUCGGCCAUCAGAAAGCCAGCUUGCGCUCAAAGGAGGCUCUAGCACAGCAAAUUAUGGCCAGGGACGUCAAGCUAGAGUACCUCGAGGAGCGUCAAUCGAUUCAGAAAAAAGGUACUGGUACCCAAACGUUUUUCAUUGGGGUAUAUCUCACGGGUUGGGGAUGGACCAAGAGACACCUCGGAUCAGGACAGGGUUCAAGCAAGGUAGCAGCGGGUGAUGAAGCAGCACGGAAUGCUCUACUUAACACAUCCCUGAUCACAGAAAUAACCGCUCAGAAACGGAAGCAUCUCUCAUAG